AUGAGUCGCCAAAUCGAGCAGGCGUUGCUCUCAUUGAUGCCGACAUACGGCUCUGAUCUACCACCAGCUCUUGUGGAACUCGCGGGUUCAUUGCUUGCACAGUCCCGACUUCAUGCAAGUACCCUCAAGGCCGAGGAAGAGAUUGCUAGGCUUUAUGCUUGUGCCAACAUUGCGUGCGACCGACUAAAAAUCACUCUCGAUCUUCCACCUAUCGAACCACGACCACCUAUUCCCCCUCGCAUCUACAAGCGACUCUAUGGCCAUCUCGACAACAUCCUCCCCAAUAGCGCCACAACGCCUGGUAGGGCUGCAUCAGGCCGGGUGAGGACACCAAGUUCGAGAUUUCGGGAUGCUGGAGGCUCACCGGCAUCUGGGUCGCGACCAUUACCAUCUCGUGGGACACCCACAAAAGAUCAAAGCCUUGCCCAAUUUCGAACCCCUUUAAAGGGGGAUGCAGGCACACCGACCAAAUCUACGGGAAAGAAGGAAGCUGUCUCAGAGCACGCCCUUCAUCCAUGGAUAAAGCCCACGACUCGAUUCUUGUGCGAGGAAACUGAUCACAAGAAGCUCGCGCCCACGAUUUUGGCCGGUAUGGAGGCAAUCGUCACACCGGGAGGCCGCAGGACCGAGGAUGAAUGGGUUCUGAAAAACGUGACAGCCUUGUUUGCUGCCAUUUACUUCUUUGUCACCAUGCGUGUCAAAGCCCUCGCAUCAGGGGAGGCGAUCGACCGAGAAGGCUAUGUUCCACUUCGCAAAGAGAUUCUUGCUCUACUUACUCGAGCUCGCAGUGAGACCUCUGUCAGGGGCUUGGAUGAAGACGAAGCUUGGGAUGGGUGGAGCAGUCUGAAGACGAAAGAGUUUGACGAUGCUGUUGCUCGUGUCAACGAAAGGGCAUGGCUCACUGAAGACUGGUAUCAAGGUAUCGCGGAUGUUGUCAAGCUGACCCAGCGAAGCCAACUUGACGACGUUGAGAUGCUUGACGAGGAGACGAUGCCCAAGAUGCAGGUCAAGAAGGCAGACACCAUGUUUCAAGACAAGUACGACUUGCUUAGUGAAGCUAAGCGCGCGGAUUUCAUGCACUUCAAGGAAGAUAUGCUCGCCAGGAUUGCUCUAUUGACGACAGCGGGCGCUGCCAUGGAGGUAGAUACAAAAUGAAGGACCAAGACCUGCUUUUGGC